UUUUUACAUUAAUGAUUCGGAUAUCUUCGAUCCUUAUUCAAUGUCCCCUACAUAUAGCAGCCCCGGCGAAAAAGUCGUCCUAGAAGGGAUAGUGAAGGUAUAGAAAAUACGUGCUAACUAAUGGUAGUGGGAGGACGACUUUUUCACUACUAUAUAAAAGAGGAACCGUUAAAAAACAAAAUGUCGGAUAUUGAACUAAAGCUACUAAAGCUCGGAGUCUGGCCAUAAUAUAUAUUGGACAAACUUAAGAAUAAAAAUCAAAAUUACAUUGCCAUCAUUUUUACUCUCAACAAGUUGUCAACUCGAUUACAACUUUUUGACCAAAACGUCUUACUGUCAAGAAUAAUUAAAGUUGCAGAAUUGGAAUAAAUUAUUUGACAUCUCAAUGACGUAUAAUUUCAAAUUCUGGCGCGCAAUUCGCAGUCAAAAUGGCUAAUGGGAAAGUAAAAGACAAAAAACGCCGGUAGAGCCUAGAGUAAAUCUAGCUCCGUGCCAUCUAUGUUAAAAAUUUGAGUUAUCACCUAUGUCGAAAUAAUUUUUCAUGUUUCUCAAUGUUUUUGGUAUUACUUAAUUCAUCAAGUGAAGUUUUUAAUUUAAAAAAAAAAACUGGUGUAAAAAAAAAAUUUUUCAAGAAUGGAGCCACCCCGAGCUCCCAUUGAUAAUCUUUUAAAUGUAUUAUCGGGCUUCAGUAUUGGUCAUGAAAAAGCAUUAAAGCAGAGUAUUUACAAUACAGUUGCAUUAUUUCUUCUAUGCUUAGUUUGCACUGCCAGUUAUGGACUUUACAUAAUUCUCCAGCCGUUUGUCAAGCCACUAAUAUGGGCUCUACUUUGUGGCUCAGUUCUUUUUCCAUUCAAAUUAUACAUCACAAAUGCAGUCAAGUCUUGGUUUGCUGAAGCAGAUCAUUUUUACGAGCCACUACUCAUAAAUCUUGCUAUGAUGCCUAUCAGACUGAUGGACAAAAUUUCAGAAUGUGUUGGAUCAUUUCUUUGCAGCCGUAUAAAAUAUGUUAAAAUAAUUAUACUUACAUCCAGUUUACUUGUUACAAUCUAUUGGUACACGCCCAAUAUAUUGACAUGUCUUACUUGGCGGCUCAUUCAGUUCAGCAAUUCAUUUUUAUUCUUAUCUGUCACCAACUGCAAUAUUUACAUGAUUAGUACAGUAAUGAUAAGUUACGUAUUGAUAUUGUGUUUUUUCUGGACCGAAGAAAAUGCAACUUUAUUCAACUACGCAUCUUUUGUAAUUUGGUUGUCAUUCAGUUUAUAUGUAUCGAACAUACUAGGAGUUUAUCAAAACAUAAUAUUUUGUAUUUUACAAAUAUUGUUCAUCGUCGGUUUUAUCUAUGAAAUCGUACUCAUUUUGGAUAGCAAAGAAAUUCAAGGAACACCAUUAACUUUUACUGAAGCUGUACAGCUAGCAUUGACCGGUAAAAAAGUAUCAAGUCCUGCCGUAAAAGUAGAUGAGAAUGUGAAACAGGACGAAGAAAUUACUUUCAUUGAAGGAACAUCUACUCUUUUAAAUGCUGAUCAGAAACAAGACUCUGUUGUAAAUAGUAGCAAAAAGCCUUCGCUGAAAUUCAUCAAACGGGCGAUGUCUUUAGAUACUGAUGCUAGACAAGACUCUCUGACAAAAUUGAGAUCAGAUGAUGAUAAAUCUUCGAGUUCUCCAAGCUUUCAAACGUCAUUUCACGAACGUUAUUUCUUGCGAAAGUUCCGAAACGAAUCUAAGAUGUUGGAAGAUGAAAAAAAUAAAACUGAUACCGAUAUGUAUAUGUAUGGGGCGUUUUAUUCGUGCAUAGGAAUGUUAAUUGAAUUAUAUAAAAUUUAUACGAUAAUUGAUAAGGAAAUAAGGGAAAUAUUAAAACGAUCUGUUGAUGCAGUUGCGACUACUGCUGUCAUUUUCUUUUUAUUAGUAUUUUCUCUUUGCGCGUCACUAUUCAUAGUGAUACAGAUUUAUGCAGAAGGAAUACAUCUGAUUCAAGUAACAGGAGGAAUUAUUAAUUCAACGUUAGUUCAUAAUCCAGAUGUUGAUUGGGUACCGGAACAGUGGGAAAAUUCAGUUAAUAGCGUUUUAGAUAAUGCUUAUACAUACGGCAGAAGUGUUAUUGCUGAUGGUGUUAAGAAUUUAGCCAAAGAAUUGGAGCCGUCUAAAGCUGAAAUACUAGAGAAAAAAGUUUUAGAACGGGAUCGACUUUACCAGGCCUGGAUGAUGUCAAAUGAAAGCUCGGAGUCAAUAGGCCCGACAGUGGACAUCGAUGCUGCUUAUUCAGUGUGGAAAAGUUUGAAAGAUAGUUUCGGGAAAAUACCAACUCAAAUUUUUAAUAUGAGCAGCAUCCAAAAUUUCGGCAAAGACAAUGUGGGCAUUUUAAUGUCCGUUCUUGACUCAGUAUGGGGAAUUGUCAAAGGAAACUUAUCAAUAGUUUUGAGUGUUUUAACAGAAUUACUUUACGUUGUUCUCAUGAGUGGAUCUGCUGUUCUUAGUUUUACUUUGAGUACCGUGGUAUUUUUCACUACGUUAUUUUAUCUGCUAAGUUCUAGCGGAUAUACUUAUAAACCUAUUGAGCUGAUUGCAGUUUUUAGUCCCAUCAGCUUUUAUCGAUUUGCAGUAGCAGUUCAAGAAGCGGUGAUGGAAGUUUUUGCCGCAACUUUCAAGCUCGCGUCAUUCUUUGGCAUGUGGACGUGGCUUAUACAUAAUUUAUUUUAUGUGAAAAUUAUUUAUUUGCCGUCAGCAUUUGCCGCUAUAUUAGCAGCCGUACCAUUUUUAGACGCAUACUUUGCGUGCAUUCCUGCUGCGAUUGAACUUUGGUUUACUCGAGGUCCGAUGAUUGCGAUUCUCUUCUUUGUAUUCCAUUUUCUACCCUACAAUAUUGUGAUGACCGAUUUUUACAAAGAAAUUAAGGGUGCGGGCCAUCCUUAUUUAACAGGCUUAUCAAUAGCUGGAGGAAUUUUUUGUUUAAGAGUCGAGGGAGCGAUUUUCGGUCCCCUUUUGCUUUGUUGCAUUAUGGUAGCUAUUAAUCUCAGUCGCCGAUACGUCCAUUCUCUUUCUGAAGAGACGUUGGAUUCAUUGAAAAAACAAAUGAAUCAAACUAAUGAGCAAUGCUCACCUUAGAAGUUAAAAAAUUAACAAGCUAUAGUCUAACGAGCGUACAAGUCACUCAUAAAAUUAUUUAUUUUUAUUAAAAAAAAAAUAUUGCAUAUAAAAUAAUAUUUUUAAUACUCUAAUUUAAAACCUUUAAGGACGUGAGCUAGAUUUUCAGGAUGUUUAUUCGAUCAUAGUCGAUGUAAAUCUAUGCAUGUUACGAUGCUGUAAUUUCUAUAAUUAAAAGCUGCAUGCCAUUGUCUUACAAGUCAAUUUUGUUAAUAAAACAAUUUAAUGUUAGUGAGAUAAAAUGUAAUUUUAAGAAUAAUAUAUAUCAACGCUUCCUAAUUUUCGAAGAAACUCAAAUGUUUCAAAAUAAAAAUUAUAAGAUGUUAAUAAUUCAGAGUUGAUUUUAUUUACAUACUAAUCAGUUUUUUAGAGCAAACUUUUUCAGAGCGGUACAACUUACGUUGUAAUGAAGAUUUUUAUUUGAAAUUUGUUUUACAUACUCUUGAAAUAUUA